AUGGAAGACCAGACAAAGUUGUUGGCCGGCUUGAUUUGCAGCGAUGCGGAAUUAGUGGAAUAUUACGUUCAGUUGAUCACUGAAAUUAAACGAUUCGUUUUAAAAGCGAUUUGGUGUCCCGAUACAGAACGAAGUAUAGAUAUUGCUGCCGAUAAUGAUGUACCGUCGGUGUCACAUACGGCAUUUCAGCUAAUUUCAAGAAAUGAUACAAAUACGAUUGUUAUCGUUGGGCACGCUGCUCAUAAUGCCUUAUUUUGCAUGCAAGCACAAGCUUUAAAGAAAAAAGCAAUAUGCAUCGGUACAGCCGCACUUUCCGAGUACACGGCUCAAUUGCUUGUGGAAUUUUCGGAAAGGCAUCAUACAUUUCUGCGAAUUAUCUAUCCAAUGAAGUACUCAACGCCUAUAGCACUAAUUAAGGCAAAUAUCACAAAAAUAGGUUCAAUUCAAAAUAUAAAUGCAGAGGCAACAUUCGAACAGCCUCAAGAUGCUAAACAUCGUUUAUAUAAUGAAUGCAAUACUGUUCUUCAUCAAGUAAGUCAUGAACUUCUCGAUGCACUGAGUGCAAUUUGUAAUUCCAAUCCGAUACCGAUUGCAACCACAUGUCAUCAACGUAGCAGCGUGGUGGAACAUUUUCGGUUGCAGGAAUUGCAAUAUUUGCACAUGCAAAUUGCAUUUGGUAACGCAGUUGCGAGCAUUCGAAUUGCUGUAAAUACAACCAAAACAUUGAUCUUACGGAUUACUGGUGAAUUGGGAUUCUUCCUGUUGGACCCUCGUAUGCUUAUACUGGAAGGGUGUGGAGGCCAGGGAGUGUUGUGGCGUGGUGAUGGUACUAUGGAAAGUAUUUUUCGUUCUGGCAUUGUGAAAGGUCUUGAAAAUUGUGAUUGCGAUAAGAUAUCAACGGAUACCAAUGAACUGAAUUUGGUGCAGUGUGUUUCCAAAUGUCGUUUCAUAUAA